AUGCUCAACCAAAUCAACAAGAGUCUCGAUCGUGGCGAUGCAGCUCUUCAUCGCGUUCAGGGUCAGCGAGGCAACGGACGCGUCGGUGGGCAAAACCGAAACCAAAACCAAAUGAGAGGCCGUGGCCGAGGCGGCCGAGGCGGAAUGGGCAUGUACGGCAACAACAUGGGCGCUGGAAUGCAGAUGAGCCCCGAAAACCAGAUGCAACUCAUGUCCAUGAUGGAGGAACAGGCACGGAUGAUGUCCCAACUAAUGCCCGGCUUUGUUCCCCCUGCAGUCAACCCGGCUUUCCAGCAAAACGGGGGCCAACAAGGGCGCUCUCUCUUCGAUCGAGUUGAGCGGCAGGGAGGCCAGCGUUUCAAUAAACGUGGACCGCGAUCGAAUGGCGCCGGGGACGGAGUCUCCGCAGACGUGGAUAUGGACACUGCCAUGGAUGGGGAGCAGGAUGAGAACAGCACCUGCCGCUUCAACCUUCGAUGCACGAAGAAAGAUUGCCCGUUCGCCCACCAAUCUCCAGCUGCUCCCGAGGGCGUGGCGAUUGAUGUAUCUGAUGUCUGCUCAUUCGGCGCUGCCUGCAAGAACCGCAAAUGUACCGGCCGCCACCCCUCACCCGCCGUGAAAUCGGCUCACCAGGCCGAAGCGAUGUGCAAGUUUUUCCCUCAUUGCACCAACCCGCACUGCCAUUUCCAACACCCGAGCAUGCCACUUUGCCGCAAUGGCGGCGACUGCAAGACCGAAGGAUGCAAGUUCACCCACCUCCAGGCCAUGUGCAAAUUCAACCCUUGUCUCAACGCGCAUUGCCCGUACAAGCACGCCGAGGGUCAGCGAGGGGCCAACGUGUGGAAAGCCGGAGGCCAUGUCAGCGAUCGCAAGUUUGUGGACCACGAGAAUGGACCUGAGGAGCUGAUCAAGCCGGAGGGUGAGGGCGUGCAAGGCCAGGAGCUUGCGAUCUAG